UUUUGUUGCCCACUUUUAUUUACCAUUCUUUUUUGUAUUCAUAUUCAUAUCGUUUGGAUAUAGUUUCUAUUUCGGCCGAACUUCUUGCAUUUCGCUAAAAAAUUCACAACAAAGGACGGCACAAAGCAAAGAUUUUCUUUUGCAAACCAUAAUCAUCUAAUAGACUGGCAAUUUAGUGUAAAGAUUUAGAAGGAGUCACGUAGCGAGAUGGAAUUUCUUUUCGGUUCCAGAUCAAGUAAAACAUUCAAACCCAAAAAGAAUAUACCAGAAGGUACACAUCAAUAUGAUCUCAUGAAACAUGCAGCAGCCACACUGGGUUCAGGCAAUUUACGGAAUGCUGUAGCCCUGCCAGAUGGGGAAGAUUUAAAUGAAUGGGUGGCGGUAAAUACUGUGGAUUUCUUCAAUCAAAUCAAUAUGUUAUACGGCACGAUAACAGAAUUUUGCACUGAAGAAAGUUGUGGCAUUAUGUCAGCUGGUCCAAAAUAUGAAUAUCAUUGGGCCGAUGGCUAUACUGUUAAAAAGCCCAUAAAGUGUAGUGCCCCCAAAUAUAUUGACUAUCUCAUGACAUGGGUGCAGGAUCAAUUGGACGAUGAAACAUUAUUUCCCUCCAAAAUUGGUAUACCGUUUCCAAAGAAUUUCCUAAGCAAUGCAAAAACCAUAUUGAAACGACUAUUCCGUGUCUAUGCCCACAUUUAUCAUCAACAUUUCUCGGAAGUGGUAACCCUGGGAGAAGAGGCGCAUUUGAAUACAUCAUUUAAACAUUUUAUAUUCUUUGUACAAGAAUUCAAUUUAAUUGACCGCCGAGAAUUAGCACCUCUUCAAGAACUCAUCGAUAAGCUGACAGCCAAAGAUGAACGGCAGAUAUAGGAUUCAUUGCAGUUGGGAUCUGCAACAUCCCAUGGUAUGGAGUUUUGAGUUUGAAAAAAUAUAAUACACAAAACCUGCUUCUCUCUAUCUCUUAAUUUAUGUAUUCUUUUAUAUAUAAAUUUUUUGUUCUCAUAAAUAGUUUCGUAUUAUAAUUUGCUCAACAAAUGAUUAUGUUUAAGUAUUUGUAUACUAUUUUUAAUAUACAGAAAAAGGAUGCCACCGACGAAACACACAAACCAGUAUCCCAUAUUUCUUUUGUACAGAACACGAAAUUUUAAGACCAAUCAAAUUGAUUUUCACUGGAAACGUAAUACAAUUUUUUUAAAUUUCUUCAUUAUUUCAAUCAUACACACAAAAUAUUCCUAAGUCAAUAACUACUCAAUACUAUCAUUGGACAAAUUAUUUGUAUUAUGCCUUGUUUUUUUUUAAAUAAUACUUAAAGUACACUGAAUAAACUAUUAGUUUUAAUUAUUUAGUUA